AUGCGACGUGCAGGCUCUGGCAAAGUGAAGUGGAACUACGAGAAAGUGCAGGGCAUCGCCAUGGCCAUGCGGGAGCACCUGCCGUUGGCAGUGAGAGACUUGAUAGAAGGCCCCAAUUGGAGGGGUGGCGCCAUCGUCCGACUCGAGUCGGACGUGGCACGACCGAGUGCGCUUGAGGUGUCCCGGCACUACUUCCUCCUGAAGCCUUGGGUUCAAGCACUCCCCACCACAGUGCCGAGCGCUUUUAUGAUCACUGACACUUUGCUACUGCUGAACCAGUUGCUCGAGCUGAAGCUCUUCCCUGUCAAGCCGGAUGAGUCAGUGAUCAACAAGGCGGCCGCCGAGGCCGUGAAGAUCAAGAAGCUCCUUCAAGCUUUGAGGUACCUUUUUCGAUCGAGCGGCUCAAUUGCAGAUCGGUUCACGAAGGCAGGUAAGAACAGUCGCUUCACGAGAAUCGCGGAUUUGAAGCACGACCUUCGACCGAAGGAGAAGACACCUACGCCUACGAAGACGGAGGCGAAGACGGAAGGGGACAAGGCGGUCGAUGCCGAGUACCUCGCCUCGAUUGCCGACGAGGAGGCCGCUCCGAUUGCAGAUGUGGCUGUGGCUGCAUGGGAUCGAGGCUUCGUUAGUGCAAUUCCGCCGUGGCAGUUGGGAGAUCGCUCCGAAGAUGAUGAAGAGGACUUCUCGGACAAGGACUCAAUGAUUUUGCUGGCUGAACUGACCUCGGAGGAGGAGUUCAGUGAUGCUGAAGAUCCUCUAGAUCUCAAGCUCGACGAGCUGCAGGCCGGUAUGUUCCCGCCAGAGGAUCCGGAGAAGACGGCCUCCUUUGCCGGAGCGUCGGAUGUUCCGUCGCCGCCGAGCUCUGCCGGCUCAUGCUCCGAGGAUAUGGAGAUGAUUGCCAGUGGCAAGAGAUUGCCACAGGACAGCGCUUGCUGUCUUGUGUCUCGAAACAUGCAUGAAACACGUAUGCACUGUAUGAGCGCAUCAGGAUGA